AUGUCUUCUCUAAAGAAUCGGGUUCCAGAUUUGGAGGCCGCCCGUCAAGAAUCGAAUACCCGAAGAAGUCUCUUCUUUGUUAGCAAUGUACACUGCGCCUCAUGUGUCGCAUAUAUCACUGAAGUACUUUCCGAGAUACCUACUGUCAGAGAAAUCGAUGUCACGAUCUUGACCCACGAAGUGCGCGCCAGUCAUGCCUCCUCAGUCCGGCCCGCCGACCUCGCCAACGCACUCAUUCAUGCCGCAUUUGAAGUCCAAUAUGUCACAACCUUUGACCGACAAGGAGACCUCGUCUGGGAACUCGAUACAUCUUCCUGGAAUCACCGUGGCUCCGCAUUGUUUCCCUCGCCGCGAGCUUCUGUUUCUAGUUUCUCGUCAAACAUCAAAGAACGACUCCAGGCCAGCAGGCAUAAACGACACAUCGCCAACUGCGACGCCUGCAAGAAAGAAGAAUCGUCGAGCCUCUCCCGUGACUCUUCUCAGACAGAGCUGGGAUCUUUGACAGAGAAGUCUCCACGGACCACUUUUCGACAAUCGAGCAAGAACUACGAGAAAGACAUCACUGCUACAAAACUCGAAUCGACGCCGGAAAAUGCAGUGCAAAAGAUUCCAGGGGCAGACUCUGAGCCAGAGAAUGAGUUCACAGCCCGUAUCAGCAUUGGCGGGAUGAGCUGUGCAUCAUGUGUCAACUCCAUCACUUCACAACUUCAACAGCUAGAUUUUGUGAAAGAAGUCAAUGUGAAUCUUCUCACUAAUAGCGCAACAUUAAUAUACAUUGGUCAUCAAGAAAAUGUCGAUAAAAUACUUGAGCAAAUCGACGAUAUUGGUUUCGAGGCAUCACUUGAUGAGGUGGGCCCGAUAUCCAGAGCGCCAGCGUCUGCAGAUUCACCAGCAAAGUUCGUCAGCGAGAUCGCAAUCACCGGUAUGACCUGUGGCUCCUGUGUUGGGGGUGUGACCCGAGGACUUGAGGAGUUGCCCUUUGUCCACGAUGUCGCCGUAAAUCUGCUGUCCCAUAGUGGAAGGGUAGAAUUUGAAGGCCGGCAGAAUCUCGACAAAAUUAUAGAAAAGAUCGAAGACUUGGGAUACGAUGCUAGUGUCAGUAUCAUCUCGCCGGUGAUGGGCAGCCCAGAAAAGCCCACUAUUCAAGCUAGAACAAUCUCCAUUUUAGUGGAUGGAAUGUUCUGUCACCAUUGCCCACAAAACAUUAUGAGGGCUGUGAAGUCGGUUCCAGAUGUCAUUGUCGAGGAGGCGCUGACCGAAAAGCAUCCUAUUCUCAAAGUCACCUAUACCCCUCAGCCACCUGCUCUUACUAUCCGCACAAUCAUCUCGGCCAUCCACUCGGCGAAUGACUCUUUCCGCGCAACCGUCUACCACCCACCUAGCAUUGAAGACCGGUCGCGUGCAAUUCAGCAUCAUGAACAGCGCCGUUUAUUGAUACGGUUGCUCUUCGUCUUUCUGAGCGCAAUUCCAACUUUCAUCAUCGGAAUUGUGUUCAUGUCUCUGGUCUCUUCUGAGAACUCUGUCCGAAUGUAUUUAGAGCAACCAAUGUGGUCUGGCAGCGUGACUCGCAUUGAAUGGGCUCUGUUUAUCACGUCAACACCGGUUAUGUUCUAUGGUACUGAUGUGUUCCACACGCGGGCCUUAAAAGAAAUACAUGCCUUGUGGCGACCCGGGAGUCGCGUCCCGCUUCUUCGGAGGUUCUACCGUUUUGGUAGCAUGAACCUUUUGAUCUCUGCGGGAACAUCUGUUGCCUAUGUCUCAUCUCUAGCAGUGCUGAUAGUCGAUGCUGUUGUGGGUACGAAGUCAAGUGCUCACAGUACAACCUAUUUUGACUCCGUUGUCUUUUUGACUUUGUUUAUUCUUGCCGGUCGAUUUCUGGAGGCUUACAGCAAAGCCCGAACCGGCGAUGCUGUCACAUCUCUGGGUAAGCUUCGACCAUCUGAAGCACUCCUGAAUGAUGAUACUACCGAGGAUGGGAUCAGCCGUACAAGUAUUGAUCUCCUGGAAGUUGGUGAUGUUGUCAGCAUUCCGCACGGCGCCUCGCCCCCUGCAGAUGGAGUCAUUGUCGAUAGCGCCUCGUACCAGUUCGACGAAAGCUCUCUGACGGGAGAGUCGCGACCAGUCAAGAAAUCAACCGACGACAUAGUCUACACUGGCUCCGUAAACGUUGGUCAGCCGGCUCGAAUUCGAAUCACCGGGCUCGGUGGUUCAUCGAUGCUUGAUCGAAUCAUCUCCGUGGUUCGCGAAGGACAAAGCAAACGUGCACCCCUUGAGAGAGUUGCUGACCUUCUCACCUCGCACUUUGUCCCCAUCAUCACCCUGAUCGCUAUCUCCACCUUUGUCAUAUGGCUUGCUCUUGGUCAUUCGAGUGUGCUCCCCACAGAAUAUCUUGAUGUUGCGCAUGGCGGUUGGACAUUCUGGGCCCUGGAGUUUGCAAUUGCAGUAUUCGUGGUAGCCUGCCCCUGUGGCCUGGCCCUUGCAGCCCCCACCGCGUUAUUCGUCGGAGGUGGUCUAGCAGCGAAGCAUGGUAUUUUGGUCAAAGGUGGCGGUGAAGCUUUCCAAGAGGCCAGUCGCUUGAACGCAAUCGUGUUUGAUAAAACAGGAACUUUGACGGAAGGCGGAAGCCUCAAAGUAUCUGACCACGGAGUUCUGACCAACGAUGGAGAAAUGGCCAAAGUCGCAUGGGCUUUGGCUCGAAAAUUGGAAGAAAGCAGCAAUCACCCAAUCGCCCAGGCAAUAACUGAGUUCUGCAAAUUUCAAACAUCUUCUUCCGUCAAAUCCUCCGAUGUUCAUGAAAUUUCCGGCCAGGGCAUGAAAGGAACAUUCACCGUCUCUGGAGCUGAACACGAUGAGCAGUACGAAGCUGCAAUUGGCAAUGAACGUCUUCUACAAAGCGUUCUUUCCUCUGGAACCGACACAUACUUUGUGUCCAAUCUUCUAUCAAAAUAUCAGUCAGCAGGCAAGUCGACUGCUAUAUUAUCACUCCGCAGAGUUCCAGCCCAAUCCGCCGCAACUUCCGUGUUCAUCCCAGCCAUUGUCUUCGCCACCUCGGAUACAAUCCGCCCAGAGGCCGUCGGUAUCAUCUCACAGCUCCAGAAGCGCAACGUGGAUGUCUUCAUGUGCACAGGCGACAACCAAACAACAGCCCACGCCGUGGCAGACAUGCUAGGAAUCCCCCGCGCCAAAGUCAUGGCCAACGUCCUGCCCGCUGAGAAAGCCACUUUCGUCCGCCAGAUUCAAGAAUGCGCCGCGGAUGGCAUGCCCAAUCCCAUCAAUGCACCGAAGACAACUCAGCGUCCGAUUGUUGCCUUUGUCGGCGACGGAGUCAACGACUCGCCCGCUCUGGCAGCGGCAGAUGUAAGCAUCGCCAUGGCGUCUGGGUCGGACGUUGCUAUCAACUCUGCCAGCUUUAUCCUGCUGAAUUCGGAUCUCAGCACGAUCUUGCAGCUGGUUAUGCUCAGUCGCCGUGUGUUCAAUCGUGUUCGUAUGAAUUUCGGCUGGGCGGUUGUUUACAAUCUCUGUUUGGUUCCGGUUGCUGCUGGUGUUCUUUAUCCCAUUGUCAGUGGCCACCAUGAAAAGUCUAUUGGUGGUCAGAUGGUUAUGGUCAACGAACACUGGAGACUCAGUCCGGUGUGGGCUGCGUUGGCGAUGGCGUUGAGUAGUAUCUCUGUUGUUGCAAGCAGUUUGGCCUUGCGAAUUGACAAAGAGAGUAUUAUGAAUAUUGUGAGACGGAGGAAAUAG